AAUUAGGUUAAGACUUUAAGAGGCUUUUCUAUUAAAUGAUUUGUUAUUAAAAAUGACUUUAAACAGGCUCUUUUCAAGCCUUGCCAUUUCAACUACAACAAAUCUUAUUUCAAAACGAACAUUACACGUGAGUGUGGUUUCUUUAGCAAGUAAACCUAAUAUAGUGAAGCCAAAGCCAGGAUUUGGAAAAAGUUAUCGGAGAAUCGUUCAUUUUCCAGAAGAAUAUACAGUAAAACCAUUAGAUGUUACAAAUUUAGCUGGAAGAGACCCUGAAUCUGGUCGAGUUGUAGCCAAAGGAAUUGGAGGUGGAAUAAAACAUAAAUAUCAUUGGAUUAAUUGGAUUAGAGAUGGACCAACAGAAGGACCACCCCAGGAGGAAAAAGUGAUUCAGAUUUUAGAUGAUGGAUGCCGUACCGCUCAUGUGGCACUUGUAGCUGUUGGAGAUAAAAUUAAGUAUAUCCUCGCUACAGAAAAUAUGAAGGCUGGUGACAUCAUCAAAACAUCCAGACACCUGCCAAGAAUACCAGUAAGAGCAAAUGAAGGAGAUGCUUAUGUGCUGGGUGCUCUGCCCGCAGGAACAUUGGUUCAUUGCAUAGAAAAAGAGCCAGGUCAAGGUGGGCUGUAUGUUCAUGCUGCUGGAACAUAUGGCACAAUUUUGCGAAAGCAAAAUGAUAGAAUAAUAGUGCAGAUGCCAUCAAAAAGAUUAUUUAGCUUUGAUCAACAUUGUAUGGCAGUUGUUGGUCGCCUAUCGAACAUAACCCAUGGCAGUACUCCAAUCGGUUCGCCGCAACGUAAUAGAUGGCUUGGAAACCGGCCUCGAUCCGGCUUGUGGAAGAGAAAGGAUGGAAGACACGGUAGAAAGAUCAAACCACCAAAGCCAGUAAAGGAAAUUCAACAUCCAACCAAAUUCCCAUUGCCAGCGAUACAAUUCUCUAUGCGCCCUUGAAUGUUUUUGUAGAAAUAUGUAGUUAAUAAAUUUAAUUUAAAAUUA